GGUGCGUUCUCGAAUCUCCUGUACCAUAAAGGCAACGUGGAAUGGCUGCCGCGCUCCAUGGCUAAAUAUAGCUUCCUUUGAUAAUUGCUAUUUUUUAGAGGGGUUCUUCCAUGUCUAAGGCUAAGCGAUAUGCUCUUCAGGCUAAUGGACACAUUUCGUUGCAAGGAUCAGCGCUUUCAUCCUGGCGUUCUUCACAACAACCAUCGCUACAUGACGCUCGGAUAGCGAGUGCGAUUAAAGUUGGUCCGGGAAGUUAUCGUGUAGUAGCGCCAAAAAUUCCAUCAUCAGUUGCACUGGCUGUUAGUCGGAUAAUAAAGCCUACCAGUGCAUCCGAUACAUCAGAGCAAAAUGAGGAGCAAGAGCCAGGGUCUUCGCGUUUGGCUGCAGAUAUAGCGUGCUUCAAGAAAGCAGCUGUUGGGCAGAAACGGAUUCCCAGAAAAAGAGUCUAUUUCCCCGAAGUACCCGAUGACGUCUUGCCACGCAAGUCGGUUCGGAUGAUGAAAACAGGGAAUUCUAUCUACAGUGAAUCAACAGGCGUGUCGGCAGAGAAAUUGAUGUCUGCAUGUCAAUGUGGUGCAAAAACGAAUGACACAAUAGUUGUUGACGCCGACAACGCAUCCGAGAUAAUUAUGGAUCCAGAUAUAGACGUAGAUGGCUACGAAGAAGUCACUGUAGCUGAGGAAUAUGAUGAAGCUCCUGGAAACAUCACUUCUCCUUACAUGGUGCUGGAAGGUAGGGAGAUGAUUACGGGAGCAUCUUUUCGGGAGUUGAAAGGCGAGAACACUUAUUUGAAAGAACAGUUACAUGCAAGUGUACUCAGGGUGAAGCAAUUAGAAGCAUUGCUGUUGGAACGAAAUUCGCAUGUUAAGAACCUUGUUUCUGAGAAUUUACAGCUCUCAAUCAAGUGCCGCAAAUUGAUAAAUGCAUUAGGCGAAGAGGAAGCCAAAGAGGCAUUAGCGUGAUCUACGGUUGAACCCAAGUGUUAUCUCCACGUUUCGUCCUCAAUGCAGUGAAGUGCCAAUGUUGAAU